AAGAAAUGCAUCACAGCAUUUCUUUUAAACAUGAAUUUGAUAAAUAAGAAUUUCAGCUUUUAACCAAUAAGUUAAUAAUUAACCAGUAUUGUUGUAAUGUAAGUUAAGUAGGUGAUAUGAGGUGGAACAUACAUACACAACAACUGGAUGAUAUACUAGUACACACCUCCCCUUUUUGUCUCAUUAGUGCUGAGAACUACAUGUACAUUGUACAUCUACUACAUCCAUUUACGCAGGAUCACCUCAAUAUUCAAGUCCAGUAUAAAACAGUAAGCUUUGCUACAUGUAUAUAUUUAUAAGAUAUAAGACUUAAAGUUAUAUUCUGAUUAAAUCCUUUCUUACUAUCAUAACUAUCAACGCCAGUGUUUGGGUCUAAGAGAUCACAACUUUAUUUAUCUAAUUUGAUCAAUUCUUCACAGAAUAUCAUAUUAAAAAUUGUUUGCGAUUAAAACAUGAUUUUUCUCAGCAGUUACUUUUUUCUUGGAUUUAUAGAUCAGUUCUAGUUCUUUCAAGUUUUGUAAUAAGGAUUUUCACAAAUGUUUAUAGUAAGUGUGCAUGAUCUGAAUCAGUCUAGAAAAAGUUCUCUGAAUAAGUCUAGGUACAAUAUACUAGUACAUGUGUAUUUGCAUAUAUUUGUUUUCUCCUACUUUGCAGAAAUGCAGGCACUCCACUGGGAUGCUAGCAGAGGAUCAGUGAAGCUGAUCACAAUUGAGAAACCCCAGAUUAGCAAGCCAGACCAACUGCUCAUCAAGGUGGCUUACAGUGGAGUAUGUGGGACUGAUCUCCAUGUUAUGAAACAAGAGUUUCCUGCAGCUGAGAAAGUUGUCAUGGGGCAUGAGUUCACUGGAACUGUAGAGAAUAUUGGAGGAGAGGUGACUGGAUUCAAAAUUGGAGAUAAUGUUGCAGUUGAUCCGAACAGCUCCUGUAUGAAAUGCGCAUUCUGCCUCAAAGGCCAGCCUAAUUACUGCCCAACAGGGGGUGGUAGGUCAGGUAUUGGGAUGUUUCGGAAUGGAGGGUGGGCAGAAUAUUGUGUGGUCCCUCAGGCCCAGGUAUUUUCCGUCCCUGCAGAGCUGAGUCUUGCUACGGGUGCCCUAUGUGAGCCAAUGUCCUGCCUCCAACGUGGAUGGGACAUGAUUCAGCCAUUACUUGAUGAUGCCAAGAUACUCAUAACUGGCGCUGGUAUGAUUGGACUCCUUUGGUCCUCAUUGCUUCACCACAAAGGCUACAGAAACAUCACUAUUUCUGAACCUACUGAUGGGAGAAGAAAACUUGCAGAAAACCUUGGGCUAGGUUUAAAAGUGCUUACCCCGGAUGCUUUAGCAGCAGAGUACAAAGAAGUAGACAGCGAUUCAUGGUUUUGAUUUAAUCAUGGAUUGCACAGGGUCUCCUCGAGCUAUUGAGGCCAUAUUUCCGUUACUUUGCAGAG